AUGUUGCUACUAGCUCCCUGCCUUUUGAUAAGUGCUCUUGCAGCAUCGUGCAGUGGGCCAACUGCAAGUAAGUGUAAAGAUGGUGAGUGUGAUAUGAUUGGCAAAACGGAAGUUUGCACACAGUGUAAAACCGAAACAGACCACCUUAUUGAUGGAGAAUGUGUACCAGCAGGGACUGACCAAGCAGCUGCUAAAUGCGCUUCCCCUGCUCAAGGAAAGUGUGGCUCUUGCGGCGAUGGAUACUUCAUGUACAAGGGCGGAUGUUAUGAAUUUGCUGGCGAAUUGGGCGGGCUUAUCUGUGCCGACCCAGCAGGAGGGGCGACAGUUGGUAAAGUAACAGGAGUCUGCAAGGAUUGCGUGGAAGGAUUCUUUAAGAGUCCAGUGGCAGCCGCUAAUAAGCAAUCGUGCAUCUCCUGUAAUGACACGACGGGGGCAGAUCAAUAUCAAGGUGUAGAUCAAUGUAAAACAUGUAAUCCUCCAAGCAAUACUGGCCCUGCUACAUGCACCGCGUGUGAUGAAGGCUAUUUCGGCGCAGGCACUACGACCUGCAUAGCUUGCGGCGACGAGAACUGCGCUACAUGUACAGAGGCGACAACCACAAAGAAGUGCAGCAAGUGCAAGGCUACCAGUAAGAUGUAUUUAAAGAAGGAAAGCGGUAGUCUAACGGGGAUAUGUGUAGAAGGAAAUCAAUGCUCCACCGAUUCUACCCUCUACCCAGAUGAUACCGAGCCUAAGAGUUGCAAGCCGUGCACGGCAGGAACGUUUGAGAACUGCAAAACAUGCACCAAAAGUGACACCUCCGUUACCUGCACAGCGUGCAAGGAAAAUAUGGUAUUUGGACUCGGAAAGAAGUCGUGCAUUAGUAGCUGCCCUGAUAACUCAGAAGCCAAGACCGAGAAUACUUGCACGUGCAAUGAUGGAUUUAAGCUUAACGAAGAAGAAACACAAUGCGUGCCAAAUGAUUCCCCUUCAAAUCCAUGCAGUACUCAGGAUUGUAAGGCAUGCAGUGGUGCACAAACAAACAAAGAGAUCUGCACCGAAUGUCUGUCCAACAAGUAUCUGACGCCAACAAACCAGUGCAUAGACCACUGCGAAUAUAUUCUAGGCUACUACAGUAGCACAGAGGGCAACAAGAGGGUCUGCAAGAAGUGCGAGGUCGCCAACUGUCUCGCGUGCAGUGAAAAUGGCGGGUGCGGUCUCUGUAAGGACGGCUUCUACGGCGAAGCGUGCUCCCCUUGCGAUUCCAGCUGUAAGACAUGUAGCGGAAAUACUGCCAAUGAUUGCACAAGCUGUAAGUCUGGAAGCACGCUCACCUACGGAUCCACAGGAAACACUGGCACAUGUGGGGCCGAGUGCGCGGCGGGCACAGGCACAGGCAAGUGCAGGGAGUGCGGUCUGACUGUUGAGGGGACAAAAUACUGCUCUGUCUGUAGUCAAAACAACGAGUAUCCCCAGAACGGCGUCUGUGCUGUUAAAGCCAGUCGCACAGAUAAGUGCAAAGAUGGAAGCAUUACCGGUGGCGUGUGCAAUGUCUGCGCAGACGGCUUCUUCAAGAUGAACGGCGGCUGCUACUCCACCAGCCAGCUUCCGGGGUCGACAGUGUGCUUGAGUGCGCAGAGUACAGGCGGAAUCUGCAAGACUCCGGAAGAAGGAUUUAGCCUGACAGGCGAGAGCCUUGUGACUUGCUACACUGGGUGCGCUGAAUGCACCACCACUAAGGACUGUUCUAGGUGUAUGGACGGAUAUGUGAAGGUUGGCAGUGCCUGCACGAAAUGCCACGAAAGUUGCUACACCUGCGAAGCCGGUGCUACUACAUGCAAGGUAUGUGCUCCUGGAUAUUACAAGGAGAGUAGCAGUAAUGGGCCGUGCAGAAAGUGCUCCGAGGGGCUGGCUGGAUGCAGGCAGUGCGCGACACCUGUUAACGGCAAGUUCAUAUGUUUCGAAACGGAUGAUAAUACCGGCGACAAUACUGGCGGAAGCACGAACAAGAGCGGGCUCAGCACAGGUGCCAUAGCCGGCAUCUCCGUCGCAGUCAUCGUCGUCGUUGGGGGUCUCGUUGGCUUCCUCUGCUGGUGGUUCAUCUGCAGAGGCAAAGCGUAG